AUGGCUCGUGCCUCGCCCCCAGCCUUGGCCAAGGCGGUGAGCGAAGCAGGCGGGCUGGGCCUCAUCGGCGGAGGCUAUGGCGACGAGCACGACCUCGACCUGGCCUUCGCUGCAGCGGCCCCCGCCCGGGUCGGCGUGGGCUUCAUCACGUGGAGCCUCGACAGGCAGCCGGAGCUUUUGGAGCAGGCGCUGCGCCACAAGCCGACGGCCGUCAUGCUGUCCUUCGGCGACCCCGCGCCGCACGCCCGGGCGAUCAAGGCAGCGGGGGCCGCCCUGUUCUGCCAGUGCCAGACCCUCCGCCACGUGGCGGAGGCAGUAGCGGCCGGCGCUGAUGUCGUGGUCGCCCAAGGCUCCGAAGCCGGCGGCCAUGGCUCCGUCCGCGGGACCAUGAGCUUCGUUGCGGAGGUCGCAGACUACCUUAAAGCCCACAGCCCGAGCACUUUGCUGCUGGCGGCCGGUGGCAUCGCGGACGGGCGGGGCCUCGCUGCGUCACUGAUGUUGGGCGCCGACGGUGUCUUGAUGGGAAGCCGCUUCUGGGCCUGCGAGGAGUCGCAUGUGAAGAGCGGAUUAGUAGACGCGGCCAUUGCGGCGGACGGUGACGCCACCGUGCGCAGCAGCGUCCCUGACAUUGCGCGUGGGAAGGCUUGGCCGGCACCCUUCAACAUCCGUACUCUCAGCACGCAGAUCAUCAAGCAUUGGUUGCCGCUGGAGGCCGAGACAAAGGCAAAUCCUCAGCAGAGGCAGGAGCUGGCAGAGCAGUAUGCACAAGGAGCUGCAGAGGCGGACCCGCAGAACACGGGCGUCAUUGUUGGGGAAGCGGUCGGGCUCAUCCAUGACAGGCCGUCAGCAAAAGUGCUGGUGAGAAGGAUUGCCGCGGAGGCAGCGGGAAUGCUCUCAACAGCGGCUAGCCACUGUGGCGCAGACGCAGGGGCUUUGUCACGCAACAGCGCGUUGUGA